GGUGGAGUGUGUGCCCCAGCCCCCUGUGCCCCGAUCCACAUGGAGAUCCUCAGUGAAUGGGUGCUGUCCAAGAUGCUGGGGCUCGGGGACAAGACAUCCAUCAUAAAAUUUGAAUUUAACCCCAAAGAUGGGAUCGACAACCCUGCCUUGACACUGACUGAGGACACGGAUGCUGAGGGUGUGGGGGAGCCCCGCUUCUACUUCCUGAGCAAGGACAGCACGGAGACCUUCGGGUUCUGCCUGCACGAGGAGCUGAGCUGCCAGGGCCACAUCAUCCGGCAGAUUGAGCUGGGGGGGGUGGCCCAGCGCAGGGGGCUGCAGGACGGGGACAGGCUCCUCCAGGUCAACGGCCACUUCGUGGACCACCUGGACCACAUGAGGGUGGUGCAGAGGAUCAAGGCCAGUGGGAACCAGGUCCUGCUGGCGGUGCUGGAUGGUGAUUCCUACGAAGCUGCCAAAUCCCUGGGCAGGGACCUGUCCCAGAUGCUGCCCGCUGACAUCCGCCCGCGCCUCUGCCACGUCACCAGGGACAAGAGCGGGUUUGGCUUCACAGUGUCGGGGCCAGAAGGCACCAAGGGCACCUUCCAGCUGUCAGUGAGGCAGGAUGGGCCAGCGGACAGGGCAGGGGUGCCAGCAGGCUCCUGGCUCCUGGAGCUCAACGGGGACAGCGUGAAGAGCUACUCACACACCCAGCUCACCAGAAAGCUUAAGCAGAGCGGCAACAAGGUGACACUGCUGGUGGCAUCCAGUGCCGUGGAGGAGUUCUACCGCCUGCGGGGCCUGCGGGUCACGGCCGCCCUGGCAGACCCCGCCUGGCUCCCCUUCAAGGCCCGGGAGCUGCACUUGGUGAAGGGUCCAGUUGGCUACGGGUUUCUGCUCAAGGAGGACGACUGCAUCUCGGGGGGCGUAGGCCAGUUCCUGUGGGAGGUGGAUGAGGGGCUGCCAGCCGAGCAGGCGGGGAUGAAGGACGGGGACCGUGUCCUGGCAGUGAAUGGCGAGAGCAUCGAGGGGCUGGACCACGAGCAGACAGUGCACAGGAUCCGUGCCCACGAGGAGUGGGUGACACUGCUGGUCAUCGACCCUGCUGGUGAUGAGUUCUACCACUCGAUCGGGCUGUCCCCUCUGCAGUUCUUCGAGGACAGUGACCCUGCCUCAGGCUCCUGCACACCCUCUCUCAGUGGCUCCCCUGGACCCUGUCACGUUGAGGUGGCACCAAAGGGACCUGCCUCCUGGCUGGUGGCUGCUGCCAACAGCAUAGAGCUCGUACAGAGGUCGCGCCAGCAGGAGCAGAAGAGGCUGUGCCAGUCGUUUUAGUGGCCCAGGAGCCUCUGGACAGGCUCUCCCACACAGCACCUCCACCCAGGCCACGUCCAGCCCCUCAGAACACAGCAUGGACCUUGCACACGCAGCUCCUGUGUCUCCGUGACGGGGCUCACGGCAUUCCCACCUCCCAGAGAUGAUGGACAGGGCUCCCAGCUUUUACUGACCGUGGUGGCAGCUCCUUGUAGCCUGAAGACAGACCUGUGUCUUUGCCAGCACAGCUGCCUCCAGGGAUUUCUCAGGACACUGCCCCGAAGCCCUUGCCCAGCUCCAGGCUUUGGGAGUUCUCAGGAGAGCCGAGGCACUGCCCUCCAUGCCAUGGCCCAGGGGAAUGGGGACCUCGAGGCUUGGCUCAGGGCUGACCUUUAGGCUGCCAUGUGAAGAGGGAAAGGAGCAGUGGAGGCCAACGGGGUGCUGGAGGAACCCCCCACCUCUCUGAUCUGCCCGUGCAUGGACAUUUCUUGUGCUCCUCUCACCCUCCCUGUGAACCUGUGGGCAGUGAGUGCCCAGCACCCAGCACAGCACCGUUCCUGCACUGCUCCUGCAUCCCCCAGUUGGGGUGUGAUUAAAGGACAAAUCCACACUGGGUAAUGGUAUGGAGAGCACUGUGAUUUGACAGGACCUGUCUUCUCUCACUGAAGCAACCGAGGGGCUGGGCAGCAGAUGUGGGAAGCUCUCCAGCUGUCCUAACAGGGAGGUAAGGGCUAAGAGCCACCCUGGGAGCCCCAGGGCACUGCAUCUCCAGGGUUUUGGGGCCAAACUCCUGUGGGCACACUUUGUGCUCCAUAGCAGUGGUCCUUCCUGAGGGUUCCCUUUGCAGGUGACACAUCAGGAACAUCCCUUCAUGCACACAGUGCUGGGGCAGGAGGGAUCCCAGGAGGGGGAAGUUUUACCUCUGUCAAGGGGGGGAAUCCCAGGAGGAGGAAGUUUCACCUCUCUGUCAAGUAGGGAUCCGGGGAGGGGGGAAGUUUCACCUCUCUGCCGAGCGUGGGAGAGUGAAAACCAGCAGGGAGUUUUGCAUGUGGCCAAGACCGCAAACCUCUGGCUGAGGUUUUACCUCUGCUAAAAACUGGGCCCUGCUCGAGCUGAGAGGAAAGGGAAGCGAUAGCAGAGAAGUCUCUGUGCCUCUAUGGUGUCCUCUGAGCUCAGUGCAGGCCUCCGGGGUAC